GCUUGGCUGACACAGACUUUGCCAGGUACACACAACCACCUCGUGACAUCAUCUGGCUCGCGCUUGUUCUCCCUUCGCGACAUCACCCAAGAGCUACAAAUCAGUUUCUCUCCUAUAUUGCAACCUCUCUCACUCUCUCUAGAGACUAACUUUUUCUGCACGCGCUCCGAACGCCUCACCAUCUACCCCACCCGCCCACAGCCUCUACAUGACGGAACCUAACCCACCUCCACAAGCCGCAAGCUCGACUCCAACUCCGAGCCCGCCCGCAAACGACGAGAUAGACGAUAGCAACGCGGCAAUGAAGGAUUCUAAAGGCUGGGAUGGUAAGCUGCGAGUCGAGCGCCAUGCCGUGCUCACCAACCCCGAAGCUCUCGAAGACCCCGACUAUUCAGAUGAGAAUGCCCCACCUCUGGAGGAGAUCGAGGCGGAUGAAGACCUACUUUCGGAUUUGGGCAACGAUGUUGAGGACAUCGACCUUGUCCAUUGCCGUAUAUCCUCACUACCGGCGCUUCAUCUGGAACGUUUUACACAUCUAGAAAAACUAUGCCUCCGACAAAACCAAAUAGCUCGAAUGAGCUUUCCCGAAAAUCUAGGCCCAACUCUUACCGAUUUAGACCUCUACGACAAUUUGAUCACGCGGAUCAGAGGACUUGAUGGAUUUACCAAGCUCACUAGCCUAGAUCUCAGCUUCAACAAUAUCAAACAUAUCAAGAAUGUCUCGCACCUGGUACAUUUGACGGACCUAUAUUUCGUGCAGAAUCGAAUACAAAAGAUUGAGGGACUGGAUGGGUUGAAGGUAUUGAGGAACUUGGAACUCGCCGCGAAUAGGAUUAGGGAGAUUGAAAAUCUGGAUGAUCUCACAGCUCUUGAAGAGCUGUGGCUGGGAAAAAAUAAAAUCACCGAAAUCAAGAACAUCGACGCUCUUACCAACCUAAAAAUCAUCUCCCUCCCCUCAAACCGCCUAACAACCAUCUCCGGCCUCUCAAACCUCCAAAACCUUGAAGAGCUCUACGUCUCCCACAAUGCCAUCACCGCUAUUUCUGGCCUAGAAAACAACACCAACCUUCGCGUCCUCGAUAUCUCCAGCAAUCAAAUCAGUAAACUAGAAAACAUUUCGCAUCUCACCCAUCUCGAAGAGCUCUGGGCGUCCAACAACCAGCUCGCUAGCUUCGAUGAAGUCGAGCGCGAGCUAAAAGAUAAAGAGGAGCUCAAGACGGUGUAUUUUGAGGGAAAUCCUUUGCAGACGAACUCUCCUGUGCUCUAUAGGAAUAAGGUCCGGCUGACGCUGCCGCAGGUUCAACAGAUUGACGCUACAUACGUGCGUGUAUCGUGAGGAGUGAAUUACCUUUCUUAUUCUCCCUUUAGCUCAGCAGAAAUUGCCAACAUGGUGCAGGAAACUUGGGGGGUACUAUCUUAAAAGUUGUCUUGAGCUAUGGUUCAGUCAUGAUGCAUUUCUUUAUGAUAGAUAUAUUACGCCGUAGAUUUGAUAGACAGGAAAGAGGGCGGAAAUUUUGGCUCCCCAAAAACGCCAAGAAGGAAAGGAAUGUAUCUAGUAUGUCUACACGUUUGCUCAGGUUUCCUCCGUCCGCGGAUCCUUGCUGCUAUAAUAUGAUAUGGGUAACUAGAACAUGUCCUGUACCGUACCAAUAUCCGUGUAUUAUUACUGCUACUAUUUUACAUGGGCAUAUAUACAUCUUGGCACUCUCUUGUGGAUUUGCUAUUCAAUAUGAUUCCCUAAAACUCGCAGAACCCCACAUUUUCUCUCUCUUUCAAAUUCUUGUCCUCUAUAUCUGCAAAGCACGCAGCGCCUUAAAUGAAAAGUAUAUUAUUAUACCUGCCCACACAGCGCUUAAAUGCAGAGGCCUCCUCCGCCCGAUUCCUGACAUACGGCAAACGUACCCAGAAUGACAUAUGACAAAUUUGAUGCGCGGGUAGGUAGGUAUUGGCCAAGUGAUUUCCUGGCCCAGUAGUACACUUUCGUCGAGCUGCCGCUUGGGGCCUGGUUGGCUGCGUUUGUAUUUUGACAUUCAGGGUGGUGGGGGGCUGUCAAAAUAAGUAGGGGCAUUCCAGAGACGAAAAAAAAUUCUCGAACCAUGUAUGGUCUAAGUGUCAUCAAAGGCGGAGAGGUAACUAUUUCCGGGUUUUGGCGAGACGGACAUCAUAUUUUGACCGUAAUGCUUAGGAGAAUAACCUUGACCGGGCCCCUGCUGUUUCAGUCAAAAAGCCAGGGGCCAAUCCCUCGCUCUUCUCCAACCUCCUUAGUGUUUGGCUAUGGUGAUCUUGCUCUGCUGCCCACAAUUUUCCUCCCAUGUCUUUGGCUCCUGUUCUCGUUACUGCUAUUGAUCCGGCUUAGGCUUGGGCUUUCCUGUGCUUCUUCCUUCACCUUCUCUGAGGCCACUG